CCUCUGAUCCUCACGGACAUGGAUGUGGUAGAUAAAAUGGAGAGCCUGUCAAAAGCUGAGAGGGAGUUCCUCUGUACUCUGCUGUUCCACACCAUCAACUGGUUCAGAGAGGUCGUAAAUGCAUUCUGUAGACAAAAGGAAACUGAGAUGAAGAUGAAAGUGAUGACCCGUCUGCAGAACAUCACCUACCUUCAGACUCUGCUGGAGAGGGCUUUGGCAGGAACACCUGGUUACGUUCCACCUGUUGCCAACUUCGAUGGAGAAAGCCCAGAAGGGGUGAUACUCAGCCCUGCUCCUCUUGUGAAGACUAAGAAGGAUGGUACAGCAAAGAAGAGGAAGGCUCCUGGGAAGAAUUCUUCAGAGAGCAGCUCUCAGCUUGAGGAGACUGAAGCAGACAAAACUCAGCAGGAGCAACCAGAGAAGGAGAAGGAGAAGGAGAAGGAGAAGGAGAAGGAGGUGCGGCCGGGGGUCAGUCUGGUGUCCUACAGGCAGUUCUUCAGGGAGCUGGACAUGGAGGUGCUGAGCGUGCUGCAGUGUGGCCUGCUGUCCCGCUCUCUGCUGGACUCUGAGCUCCACACCAAGGUGCAGCAGGAGGUUCUGCUGGGUCCCGCUGAGCUGGUGUUCCUAUUGGAGGACAUGCUGCGCAAACUGGAGUUCAGUCUGACAGCUGCCCCUGCCAAGAGGACCCCGUUCUUCAAGGCAAAGACCGAUAAGAGCGUGGGCUUCUCCCAUCUACAACAGAGGAGCUCCAAGGACAUCGCUUCCUACUGCGUCCAGCUGCUGCCCACCCUCUGCUCCCACCUGGAGAACUGUCACAACCAUUUCCAGACAAUGCUGUCUGAGAACAACGGUGUGGUGGACGGACCUGCCACGGAUGUUCAGGAGCACCAGCUGAUGUCUGCUGGUUACCAGCUGCUCCUUCAGAUCCUGAACACCACCUUCAGCUGGUGAGGAGGACCAC